UUCCCAAUCAAGACUUGGGCAUCCGCGCGAUGUGACAAGGUCGGGCGCGCAUGAAUUUUCUGCGGGUCACUAUUACAUGCCGACGGGCAGUGAGCCGGCAAAGACUUGGCCAGUUCGAUCAUAAUAAUACCGCUGCUGCUGCUGCUGCUGCUCGAAACGCUAGACUGUUCUCCUCCCGAAUCAAUCCCUACUCGUAUUGCUUGGGUCGUCCAUCAAAACGACCGUUGCUUCCUGUGACCCCUCCUCUGUUGCGUCUUCCACUGUCAUCACACUCGACAUAUACCACCACCACCAUCACCACCACCAUGUCCACCGAGAUCACCCACCCCACCAUCGUCGAUGGCUGGUUCCGCGAGAUCAGCGACAUGUGGCCCGGCCAGGCCAUGACGCUGCGGGUCAAGAAAGUGGUGCACCACGAGAAGAGCAAAUACCAGGACGUGCUGAUCUUCGAGAGCACCAACCACGGGAUGGUGUUGGUCCUCGAUAACGUGAUCCAAUGCACGGAGCGGGACGAGUUCUCCUACCAGGAGAUGAUCACGCACCUGGGGAUGUUCUCGCACCCGGAGCCGAAGCGCGUGCUGGUGAUCGGCGGCGGCGACGGCGGCGUGCUGCGCGAGGUGGUUAAGCACGAGAGCGUCGAGGAGGCGGUGCUGUGCGACAUCGACGAGGCCGUCAUCCGCCUGAGCAAGCAGUACCUCCCCGAGAUGAGCGUCAGCUACCAGCACCCCAAGGUCAAGGUCCACGUCGGCGAUGGCUUCAAAUUCCUGGAGGACUACAAGGACGCGUUCGAUGUCAUCAUCACCGACUCGUCGGACCCGGAGGGCCCGGCCGAGAGCUUGUUCCAGAAGCCGUACUUCGAGUUGCUGCACGGCGCCCUCCGCGAAGGCGGUGUCAUUACUACCCAAGCCGAGAACCCAUGGCUCCACCUCAGUAUGAUCAAGAACCUCAAGGCCUCGGUCAAGCAGGUGUUCCCCGUGGCCGAGUACGGCUGGACCACCAUCCCGACCUACCCGAGCGGUCAGAUCGGCUUCAUGGUCUGCACCAAGGACGGCAGCCGCGAUGUCACCAAGCCGCUCCGUUCGCUGAGCGACGCUGAGGAGGACCGCCUCUUCCGAUACUACAGCAAGAAGGUCCACGAGGCCGCUUUCGUCCUUCCCAAGUUCGCCGAGAAAGAGCUGCGGUGAGGCGCUGGAGGAGAGAUGGUAGGGGCAACGAACGCCCGCGACUGAGGAUGGAUGCAUGGCGAGUAGCAAACAUCGCAAAGGACGGGUCUGCACACGUAGUCGAUCAGUAGCGGCAGGCCUGCAUGGCUGGCUCAUAGGAUAGA